UUUCCGGCAGGCCGAAACUAGGAAGAAACUUGGAGCUGCUGAGGUACGGGUUGUAGUCGCCGCCACCACCGUGCCCCGUGGCCCGCGCCGCGCGGAGCUGUGGAGGCCUGGCCAUGGGGCGGCGCCGCGCUCGCGCGACCUAGGUGUACGGCCUCCCGCGGGCUCCGCUUGAGGGGCCGGACACGCGGCGCGGGCGGGAGGCGGCGUGGGACCCGCGGCCACCGCUGGCCUGGGCUCCGGCAUCAUGAACAUCGACGUUGAGUUCCAUAUCCGGCACAACUACCCUUGGAGCAAGUUGCCAACUAACGUGAGGCAGAGUCUUGGAAACUCACAGCGAGAAUAUGAAAAACAGGUUGUUUUGUACAGUAUCCGCAAUCAGUUGCGCUACAGAAAUAACCUAGUUAAACAUGUCAAGAAAGAUGAGCGCAAAUACUACGAGGAGCUGCUGAAAUACAGUCGCGAUCACCUCAUGCUGUACCCUUACCACUUAUCCGACAUUAUGGUGAAGGGCCUGAGGAUAACACCAUUUUCAUACUAUACUGGGAUCAUGGAGGACAUCAUGAACAGUGAGAAAAGUUAUGAUUCAUUGCCUAAUUUUACUGCUGCCGACUGUCUGCGGCUUCUUGGCAUAGGAAGAAAUCAGUACAUCGACCUGAUGAAUCAGUGUAGAUCUUCAAAAAAGUUCUUCAGAAGGAAAACUGCCCGUGAUCUUCUACCAAUAAAGCCAGUGGAAAUUGCUAUUGAGGCAUGGUGGGUGGUGCAGGCUGGAUAUAUCACAGAAGAUGACAUUAAGAUAUGCACUUUUCCUGAGAAAAGCACUAUUGAUAAGAUCAUCGACGCAGGUCCGCAGCUCUCUGGGUCACUAGACUACAAUGUAGUGCACAGUUUGUAUAACAAAGGCUUUAUUUAUCUGGAUGUGCCCAUAUCAGAUGACAGUUGUAUAGCUGUUCCUCCUCUGGAAGGUUUUGUAAUGAAUCGGGUACAAGGUGAUUAUUUUGAAACCCUACUCUAUAAGAUAUUUGUGUCAAUAGAUGAACACACUAAUGUCGCAGAGCUUGCCAAUGUCCUUGAGAUAGACUUAUCGCUGGUGAAGAAUGCUGUUUCAAUGUAUUGCCGAUUGGGCUUUGCCCAUAAGAAGGGACAAGUAAUAAACUUGGAUCAACUUCAUUCAUCAUGGAAGAAUGUUCCAUCUGUGAACAGAUUAAAGAGCACUUUAGACCCUCAAAAGAUGCUCUUAUCAUGGGAUGGCGGGGAAAGUAGGAGUCCUGUGCAAGAAGCUUCUUCGGCUACUGACACUGACACAAAUAGUCAAGAAGAUCCAGCUGACACAGCCAGUAUAAGCAGCUUGAGUCUGUCCACUGGUUAUACAAAGCGUAUUGCGUUCUUAUUUGACUCCACUCUUACUGCAUUCUUAAUGAUGGGAAAUCUUUCACCAAACUUGAAAAGCCAUGCAGUCACCAUGUUUGAAGUGGGCAAACUCUCAGAUGAGUCUCUGGACAGCUUCCUUACAGAACUAGAGAAGGUUCAGAGCACUGGUGAAGGAGAAGCACAGAGGUACUUCGAUCAUGCGCUUACUCUGAGGAACACGAUUCUCUUUUUGCGUCAUAAUAGAGAUCUGGUUGCUCAGACUUCUCAGCCAGACCAGCCCAAUUAUGGCUUUCCCCUGGAUCUCUUGCGCUGUGAAAGCCUUCUUGGUUUGGAUCCGGCAACUUGCAGCAGAGUUCUAAACAAAAACUACACACUGCUUGUUUCAAUGGCACCUCUUACCAAUGAAAUUCGGCCCAUCAGCAGCUGUACCCCUCAGCAUAUUGGACCAGCUAUCCCAGAAGUCAGUUCUGUCUGGUUUAAAUUGUAUAUCUACCAUGUCACUGGGCAAGGACCACCAUCUCUCUUACUGUCCAAAGGUACAAGACUUCGGAAACUGCCAGAUAUAUUCCAGGGUUAUGAUCGGUUACUUAUAACCUCUUGGGGCCACGAUCCUGGGGUAGUUCCUACAUCAAACGUGCUCACAAUGCUGAAUGAUGCUUUAACACAUUCUGCAGUGCUAAUUCAGGGACAUGGUUUGCAUGGGGUAGGAGAAACUGUCCAUAUACCGUUCCCAUUUGAUGAAGCAGAGCUACAAGGAGAGUUUACCCGGACCAGUAUGGGUGUUCAUAAAGCAUUACAGAUUCUGAGGAGCAAAGUGGACCUGCAGCAUUUCUGCGGCUAUGUCACCAUGUUGAAUGCAUCUAGCCAACUUGCCAGUAGAAAACUCAGUGACGCUUCUGAUGAGAGAGGCGAGCCUGAUUUGGCUUCUGGUUCAGAUGUAAAUGGGAGUACAGAGUCAUUUGAAAUGGUCAUUGAGGAAGCAACUGCAGACUCAGCAACAAAACAAAACUCUGGGACCACAGCAGAAGCAGAUUGGGUUCCUCUUGAGCUGUGUUUUGGAAUUCCUUUGUUCAGUUCUGAAUUAAACCGGAGAGUUUGUCAGAAAAUAGCUACACAUGGCCUGUGCAGUAAAGAGAGCCUUCAAAGCCUCUUACAUUCCAGUAGGAAACUCUCUCUACAAGUUCUUAAUUUUGUUCACUCGUUCCAGGAAGGUGCUUCAACUCUGGAUCUUCACACGGAGCCCAGCUUUUCAAGUGUGCUUUCCCAGUCAUCCUGCGCUGAUAUGGGAGUUCCACUUCCUGCCAAAAACUUAAUGUUUAAAGAUGGCAUCUUAUCAGAGUGGAGUGGACGUUCGCCUUCCUCCCUUCUCACUGCUAAUCUCCAUUUGCAAUAAUUUGAUUACAGCAUUCACUGCUCACAGUUUCUGCCUUUUUCUUUCUUAAGUUGGCUUUACAGUGUCAGCCACCGACGGUACCCUGCUACCA